AUGAAAACAAGAAUUAUUCGCAAACCUGUUAUACCUCCCAUUCGCCUGCAGCCUAGGGUCGCAUCGUCCACCCGUCAGUUUGCAGUACGAGAAGUAUCCUGCGUGGAAGGCUUCCCGCUUCCUUUCGCUCCUUCGAAGGAGGGUAGUGGCACACCGAUAGUCCGAGAUGAGAAGGUCGAUAAACCAGUUAUUCUACUGCAGAAUAAGCCGCUUGUAGCCAUUUCCGCAUUUCAGGGAUGA